AGAAGAACGCUGCCUAAUACGUCCUUUUGGGCCACUAGAGGCCCCUAUCAUCCUCUAUGAGGAGUGCCCUCAUUGCCCUUUCCAUCAUGGCCGCCUGGAGUGGCCUGCUUGCCGCUUAAAACGCAUGCGCAGUGAAUACAAACAAAUGUUUGAAAGAAAUUUAGCGCGAAACUGUUAAAAUUAUGAAGCCUGUCCGGGGAUCUGAACGCGCCGCAUCCAAGACACCUAAAGGCAAGAAGACAGGCGAGAAGCCAAAUAAGCCCGGUAUAAAGACACGUCAACGGAGAGUAUCUCAGGAGGAGCCCCAGCCAGGAACCAGCAGCCAGAUCCCUCAGCCAAAACCACAGAAGAAGAAGAAAGGUGGCACAGUUGCAGGUCCCCGGAAGCUGAAAGGUCAGGAGAAGUGGAAACCGCUGACCAAGUCCUCCAUUACGGCUCUAGACAACAUACUGGGACUGUCUAUACUGUCUGUUCUGGCCGGAAGACGGACUAACAAAGAGGAGUCGCAGGAACAUCUUAACAUUGUGAAAAACAGGUUCCUGUCUAAACUGGCUCAACUGUCAGUCCCAAUUCAGAAACAGGAAAUGAUGAUUCAUUCUUCCCGUCAACACCAGGAAGAGACUAGGAAGUCAGCCGUUGGCGAGAAGAUCCUCAACAAGCUGGUGGCGGAGCUGGGUGCUGUGGUGGGCUCUCUAAAACAGCUAGAGAAGGAGAGAGACUCCCUGGAGAACCAGUGUUUUAACCUCCGACAACUACUGGAGCAGCAGGAGGAGAGUAACCAGCAGAUCCUCCAGUUGUCAGAACAAGGAGUCCUGCGUCUCCCCCCUGUACCUCAGCGCAAAGACAGACCCUUACAGGAGCAGAUGGUGUGUCUGGUUCAUAGCAGCCACUCCGUCACCACGGCCCGUUGCCUAGCCAAGACCCUCCAGACAUCAGGGCCGGUCCAGGAUGCCCAGACCCUACUGGAACGAGCCUACAGACACGCUGACCGCCUGAUCACUCCACCUACAGCUGUCAGCCAAUAGCAGGACUCCAUCCAGGCUGGUUGGACAAUAGCAGGACUCCAUCCAGGCUGGUUGGACAAUAGCAGGACUCCAUCCAGGCUGGUUGGACAAUAGCAGGACUGUAUUAGCGAUAUAUAUAUAUAUAUGACUAUGUAUAAGCCAUGUGUUAUAUGGCUCUGGCAUGGGCUUUGCACGGACCACCUGACUUUAACUGCUACAUAGUUAACGUUGUAUUCUGUAAUGGGAGGAGCCCCAUUUGUUCAUAUCUGUAUGUAUAUAUUUUUUUCCUAAGUGUUUCUUUUAUCUGUAGAUGAUAAUUAAACACCUGUAAAAGGG